GAUUCAAAAAAAAAAACGACGUGAAUCAGUUUCCUUCCACCAGCAACAUCCAAACCUAAGCCUUCUAUCUCCGCCGCUGCUCUCCGUUCGCCGCCGCGCUCCGCCGUUUUUCUGGAAGGAGAUACUACAAAUAAUUUUGAUGAGAUUCUGUACCAAUGUUUCUGUUGCAGCAGCAUACAAGAGAUUAUUCAGUACCAAGGUUUCUGAACAAUGUAGAACCCCAAUUGCUAGGAUUGAAUGGGGAGAUGAGCAAAAUCGCGUUCUGGCCGCGAUAUCUCAGGGAAAAUCUGUGUUCAUCACUGGCUCUGCUGGGACUGGAAAGACAUUUUUGCUUGCAGAAGUUAUUAAAUCGCUGAGCAAAUUGCAUACCCCGUCUACGGUUUCUGUCACGGCUUCAACUGGGAUUGCGGCGUGUGCUUUAAAGGGGCAAACAUUACAUUCGUUUGCUGGGAUUGGAAUAUGCAGUUUUGAUGAUCCUAAGCGCUUGUUAGAUAAGGUUUCGAAGAUUAAAAGCGCCGUCACGAGAUGGAGAAAGGUUAAGGCUUUGGUUGUUGAUGAAAUUAGUAUGAUAAGUGCAAAAUUGUUUGACCAUCUUGAUUAUAUUGCAAGAAAGAUAAAGGGUGUGGAUAAACCCUGGGGUGGGAUUCAGAUUGUUGUAAGUGGUGAUUUUUUCCAAUUGCCACCAAUUGCUGAUGACUAUGAUGAGGCUAUGUAUGCAUUUGAUGCUGAUUGUUGGAAUGACAGCUUUGAUUUGCAGGUGGAGCUCACAAGGGUGUUCAGGCAAUCAGAUGCUGGGCUUGCCAGGUUGCUUGAGGGUAUCAGGAGAGGGGAGAGUGAACAACAUGAUUUGGAGUUCCUAGAGCAAUUUUGCUCAAAGACUAAGUGUGAUUCUUCUGUUGUGCAGAUCUUCCCUCUGAAUGAAGAUGUUAAGAGAGUGAAUGAAGCGAGGCUGAAAAGUUUGAAAAAGGAUCUUGUUGUUUAUAAAGCUGUUGAUUUUGGUAAGGGGCAUUGGAAGUGGAUGCUCAAUAGUGGCAUUGCACCUAAAGAAAUUUCUCUUUGUGAAGGUGCAAGAGUUAUGUUGAUUAAGAAUAUAAAUACUGAGAGUGGAUUGGUAAAUGGAGCUACUGGUACAGUGUUGAGAUUUUCACAUUCAUCUGCUAAGGAUCUUGGUCGCAUAUGCCCUGAUCAAGUGAUGCCAGUAGUGCAAUUUGAUGCAGGACAAUGUAUGCCAGUGACACCGGAAAAAUGGGAAGUUUUGGAUGGAGAAAACGUUGUUGCUUGCAGGAAGCAGGUUCCUCUUAUACUGGCAUGGGCUAUGAGCAUUCACAAGUGCCAAGGGAUGACUCUUGAGAGGCUUCACACAGAUCUAUCCAGAGCAUUUGGCUGUGGCAUGGUGUAUGUUGCACUUUCUCGCCUUAGAAGCUUGGAGGGACUUCAUUUAUCUUCCUUCGAUCGAUCGAAGAUCAAAGCGAACCAAAAGGUUUCAAGGUUCUACAAGAGUUUGGCUUCUUCUGAACAAAAAAAGGAGGUUAUGGUGGUUGGUAGCAACAAGAUCAUAGAUCACCCCAGUGGUGAUACGGAAAUAAUUGAUUUUGCUGAGAGUGAAAAUGCAGUAUAGUCUCCAUUUCUCUGACUCUGAUCCUUGAAAUUGUUCAUCAAUAUUGAAGUCUGUGACAAUGCUGAAGUCUUCAGAAUCAUUGCUGCAUAGAACUUUAGUUUACUAAUAGGCUAUAGAUAAUGUUAUAUUUCAUUUCAUAGAAGGACAAAAUCAGUGUAAGUGGUAGAUAAUCAUUUAAGUGCACUUUCUGUUUUUCUCAUAUGCCUGUCUUUUUAUGAAUGUUUGUCCAUACUUUACAAUAAAUUAUCACUUUUUGUACAUAUUGUAUCAUUAUAGGAAAGGGCCGCAAAUCUUCGGUGCCAACCGAAGUGCCCAUAGCAGCAGUGACAGCAGCAGUUAUGGCAGUGGUGGUGAACUGGUGAUGUUGUUCAGGACAUCAAAGACCACGAUAGUAGCUGCAAUUGUGGUUGGUUUGCUGUUUCUCCUUGGGGCAUAUUGGUGGAGUGGUCGCAAUACUGGUACAUUUAGAUUUAGGAGUCACUUACAGGACCUAGGUCUUAGCUUCAAAAUCAAUAUAGACCUAAACAUUGUAAAUCAUAGGAUCGUUGAUCCUAAUUUUUGAUAUAUCAAAUGGAAUUAUUAUUUAGAAUA